AGACGGAGAGAGGGAGAGUGUUAGAUAAAGCCAACAGAAUACCAGGCAGAGGAGAGAGAGAAGGAGAGGGGCUUUGCACUUGCAGAGGAGAGAAGCAAGGUGAGAAGUGAGGAGGCAGCAAGGGAGGAGGUUUGCCGGAGAGGGGACAUGCUCCCUCCUCAUCUCACAGAAAAUGGCACAGUAAUGAUUCAGUUUGGUCAUAAAAUGCCUGACUACGAGUCAUCAGCUACCCAAUCAACUAGUGGAUCUCCUCGUGAAGUGUCUGGAAUGAGCGAAGGAAGCCUCAAUGAGCAGAAUGAUCAAUCUGGUAAUCUUGAUGGUUACACGAAGAGUGAUGAAGGUAAGAUGAUGUCAGCUUUAUCUCUGGGCAAAUCAGAAACUGUGUAUGCACAUUCGGAACCUGACCGUAGCCAACCCUUUGGCAUAUCAUAUCCAUAUGCUGAUUCGUUCUAUGGUGGUGCUGUAGCGACUUAUGGCACACAUGCUAUUAUGCAUCCCCAGAUUGUGGGCGUGAUGUCAUCCUCCCGAGUCCCGCUACCAAUAGAACCAGCCACCGAAGAGCCUAUUUAUGUAAAUGCAAAGCAAUACCAUGCGAUUCUCCGAAGGAGACAGCUCCGUGCAAAGUUAGAGGCUGAAAACAAGCUGGUGAAAAACCGCAAGCCGUACCUCCAUGAAUCCCGGCAUCAACACGCGAUGAAGAGAGCUCGGGGAACAGGGGGGAGAUUCCUCAACACAAAGCAGCAGCCUGAAGCUUCAGAUGGUGGCACCCCAAGGCUCGUCUCUGCAAACGGCGUUGUGUUCUCAAAGCACGAGCACAGCUUGUCGUCCAGUGAUCUCCAUCAUCGUCGUGCGAAAGAGGGCGCUUGAGAUCCUCGCCGUUUCUGUCAUGGCAAAUCAUCCUUGGCUUAUGUGUGGUGCCCAGCAAAAAAAAAUCUGACUGAACCUGUGUGUAAACUGAUGGGUAUGGGUGGGUUUUGUGCAACUGUAACUAGGGUGCUUGACAUCUGUGUCUGUUGUUCCUCUGCCUCCUUAGUUUGGAGACGGUGCAGCUGCAGCUGGUACCAGUAAUCUGAUCAUGCUAGACUUGUGACAAGGACAAAACUAGCACCCCGUUAUGUUUCCUGGCUUCUGAAUUUGGUGGUCAUUCAGUAAGCAAGCACUCGACGUCAGCGGGAGGGGGUUGCUUCGAUUGAUCUAGUUCUUUCGCGAUAAACUUAUUUAAUUUUGAACAAAGGUUGGUUUCACCUUG